AUGCCCAAAUAUUCACGCAGAAAGUUUCAGCAACCGAUCAGUCCUAGAAGUUAUUCGAAAAAAAUAAAGAUGGAAAUUUGUGAUAACAUUUACACAGAAUAUUAUCCACAAAUUGACAAUGAUGAUAGCCAGGAUGAUACGAAGCAGGGACAUUGGAGUGGUGAGGAAGAUAAAAUACUCAUAGAAAUAGUAAAAGCGUAUGGUCCACAUAACUGGGAAAAGAACUCUGUAUACCAUCCUAGUCGGAAUGGCAAGCAAAUGAGAGAACGAUGGCUGUCUCAUUUAAAAGGAG